GCUCAGAGCCGGGCUGCCGGGUUUCUCUCCGGUGUUCCCGGCGAGAACCGCAGGCGGGAAAUGUCAGCUGAGGCGAUCCAUAGCGACGUGUUUAUCCCCACCGCCAGCGCUGACCGCUUGCUUUUCGUUUGGUUCUGUUUCGCUCCCUUCCUUCCGCGGGCUCCGGCUCCUGGAGGUGCGUGACCUCCAAACCCGGGCUCCCACAGAAUCUGGCGGCUGGGGGAGGCGGGGGAAUUACCCCAAUAAACACUAAACACUCCCCCGCCUGCCAAAACAGAGACGGGAACCUCACAUCAUUCCUGUCUAACGACCAUGCUUUACAGACUCUUCCAGUCAAGUGGCUUGCUCCUCAGAACUGCCUCAAGUGGUAACACCCAGCAUAUUCCAGUCCUUUGCGAGGCCCCAGGAGAAGCAAAGCACUUCCUCACCAUUUUGAUGAAAACCUAAGGCCUUCUGCAUGCCUUUUUAUGGACUUCUGGGAGAAGAAGAAAGAGUUUUGGGUCAUGCAUAGAAGCACAUGUUCCUCUUUUUAAUAUUUUUUAAAUCAAGUGGAAAUCUGGGAUAUUUUACAGUCUUAGAAGAAACAGUGUGAAAGUCUUUAAAAGGAUAAACCUGGAGCAACAAUGUUGGACUUGCUGUAUAAGGCCAUAUGGUACUGACCUGGAUAUUUAUGGUGGUUACACACUACAGUGGGGUCCCAGGCUGUCACAAGGCCCAUUAGGAAAUGUAGUAGGAAAACACACUGGGCAAACAAAACUUGAGGGUUUCACUCUUCCUCUGUCCUUCCUUCACUGCAAAUACAGCUGUGGAAAGCUGAGGCUGGAGAAGUUGAAGCACAGAUCCCUUUCCUCACUGCUAGCUACAAAGGGGCAGAGAUUUGCAGGAACACUGAAUGCACCUUGAGAGCACUCUGGGAGUGGCUGCCUGGAAGGAAAUCAAGGAGCAGAAAACUACGAGAAAGAGGAGUGCAAAUGUUUUGGAUUAGCGAUAAGAAAAUACCUUCCUGAAGCACACAGUGUAAUUACAGUAAAUAAGAAUGUGUCAUUCAUCACUUCUUAAAUUAUUUUCCCUCAUUCACAGGAUGGUGGGUUUAUUAGAGCCUUGUCAUUUUGAGCUUGUUCAGAAUAAAGGAGUAGCCUGAGAGGUCAGGUGUGGGAGAGAAGCCAAGUCCUUCUAAAUCCAAGUGUGCAAGACAGGAGAGACAGUCUCCCUCCUCCGUGGAACAGAAACCACCCCAUUCCAGACACUUGGCCGCAGACAGGUCUGUGUGGUGGCCUUAGUGGGAUUUGUUAUGCUUUGUAUUUCGUACCAACCUGAUGAGAAGACAUGUGUGCAGUUCACCGUGAAGCUGCUGUAUUUUCUCCUGAGUGCCCUGGCUCUGGUUGCCUGUGUUUUGGCAGUGGCUUUUGCUGCACACCACUACUUGCAGCUGACCAAGUUCACCUGCGAUGCCAUCCGGGAGUCCUGCCAGUGCAAACUGGACACUGCAGACCCCCUGGGCCGGACCUUCGUGUACCAGGACGCGGCCGACUGUGGCAGCCUGACCAGCAUGCUCAGCCUGUACCUCCUUCUGCAGAUGGCUCUCAACCUGGUGGCAGCCCUGGUGUGCCUCCUGACAUGCUUCGUGGUGUGGAAGCACAGAUACCAGGUUUUCUACGUGGGCGUACGCUUCCAGCCUCUCGUGGCUGCUGAAGGCCACAGGCAGCAAGUGUAGGGUCUGGGCUGGCAGGGGGUUGUGGCCAGAGAUGGGAACUGCCACCACAGACACCGCGGAGGGAUGGACGCUUGGAAGGUUUUUGAAGAGGAAAAACGCUCACACAGCUUUAAUGAACAUAUUUUUCCAUCAUUUUAGGAGCAUUUUUCAUGGCUGCUCUUGCGAAAAGGCCUCUUGUGAGAUUAGCUAGAGGUCACAGAGUCCUAAAGAUGCAGCUGUACAAAUGCUCCCCAAAGAGGAUCUUUAAUAGCCAUAGAUAAAAUCAUUGCAAACUCAUCUGCAGGGCUACAGCCAUUACAAAAUAGGGUCCAUUUCCCUCUUGCCUUCAGAGGAGCUAUGCCAAUUUCUACCAGAUAAGGAUCUGAUCCAAACUGCUUAAUUAUAUCAGUGGGAACAUGCUUCAGGAAUAUAUCAUAUCUUGGUGCUCUGGGUGUAAUCCACACUAACCUGAUGGGAAUUUAACAUUCAGGAAAGUAAUGAGGGAGGUCAAGUCUUCUUCCAGUGUAGGCUGAGACCAACACCAAAGUGAAUAUAUUGACGGCUGCCAUAUAAAAUAUACAUAUAACUUUUCAGAGUGAUUAACGAUAUGGGCUACCUAACCUAAUUACCAAUAAACAACAAGUAUGAUUGAGUUCACGGAAGGUUCUUUAUCUCAAGCCCUACUUGAGGCUCCAGGCAGAUUUCUGAUAUUUGGGAGAAAAGAUCAGUUUAAGGAAUCUUGAGUUUCACUCCUGAAGUAGAGUAUAAAUCACUAGUCUUGUUGAAAACUAUGUCCCUAUUGCUCUAAUUGCUGGCUGACAAACCCAGAUUUUAGCCAGUUCCACCAAUUAUACUCCAAGCACAAAAGGCCAAAUGCAUUUUUGGUGUAACUCCUCUGAAGACAAUCAGCCUUACACACCAGCAGUGGAGUUGGGCCAACAGCCCUGAAAGAUAUAUUCCUGCAACAAUGAAUGUUUUUAAAAUGGGGUGGAGGGAGGGAAGCAUGAAGAGACUGCCAGUCUCCCAAAGACAUCUCUGAUAAUGAAGAGGGCAACAGAAUAAUGAUUUCUUAAUGAGGAUGGAAAAACAAACUGUAUUCAGGCAGUGCUUUUUCACCCUGAAAGUGCAGCUCUAGAAGUGCUUUACUCUUGUUAUCCUUAUACCAAGACAACGACGUUGGUUUGUCCCUUGAACUGCCAUUUCCACUUGCGCAGCACAGACAUCUAAAUUUAGGAGCAGUUCCUAAUUGGCAGCAUUUGGCACUGCCUCCUGAUCCAUAUCUGUGCAAGAGCAAGCCAGCUGGUGCUCACACCCUGCCAUGACGAGGGAUUUCCCGAUCCCAGCCAGAACAAGGAUGUCUCUGAGGUGGGGUGGAGCAAUCACAUGCCAGAAAAAUUGUGCCAUAAUCAUUAGCUAGGAGGAAGCAAAUGAAAUUUAUAUAAAGCUUCAAAGAAAAAAAACAACAAAACAGCCAACUUUCUGCAGCAAAAAUAGUCAUCAGAAAGUCAAACACCCAGACUGGCAAAAACCUAGUUGUCUAAGGAGCUCUAAUCCUACCAAAAAAACCUGUCUUCCAAAUGGUGAUCACACAUCACCCAGGGGCUAGACUGUCAAGCCUCCAGAGUCAGAAGAUCACAGCGUAGGGAAGUCUCCUGUGGCCCACCUAGAACACUGCUGGGUGUAGGGGCUGUAGCUUUAGUCAUGGAAAGUGCCUCUCAAGUAGACAUGGCAUCACCAAGGUGCUUUCUGCCAAGCCACAAAGCGAGGAGCUGCAAAACAUGAAAGGUUUUGAGAUAUGCUUCCAAAUGACCUUUCUUACACACCUAAAAGUAACAAUCACUGGUAAGCCUGGCUGCAGGGCACAUUUGCAAGGGUGCUCAUGUCACCACCCAUGCCAAGACCUCAGUCUGCCUCUCAGGCACUUCUGGGGCAAGCUGAGACAGGAGAGGAGCAGGAUGGCAGGCUGGUGAUGUCAGACUCAUCCUUGGGGCCAUCCAUGCAGAUCUGUCAGGAACCAGCCCGUCUCCCACGGCUCCAGUGCUGCCAGCAGUGCUCACAGACCUGUGCCAGGGCCAUCCUGCCUGGAGAUGGGUACACAGGGGCACCUCUCAACUUGUGGUGUGCCCAGGUUUGUCCCCCAUCCCACACAUGCCUCCAGCUGUGCUCUCUGUGCAAACUCAGGGCAGAGGAUGUACCUUCCUCAUACCUGCAUGGCCCUAGGUGCACCUGCCCCUCCCUCCAGCCAAAAAUGUGUGAUUCUCUCUCCACACAGAAAGUAACAAGAAGCAGGAAAAGGAUCAAAGGGAGUCUGAAUGAGAGCUGAGCUUUGGGGCCUCCUCCAACCCUCACCACGGCACAGAAAGAGGAAGGCUCUGCUGGCAGAGUAGGACGUGCUUCCCCCUUCCAUCCAUCCCAAAUGUGUCUGUUGUUCAGGGGAUAGCUUGGUGUGCAGCACUGCAGCCCUGGCCCAGCGGCAUUUCCACCAGAGCCGCCCUUUGUCUCUUUAAUCCUGUGACCUCUGUCUCACCCGCACGUCUUCACUGCCUGUCUCCCAUGGCCUCCCAGGUGCUGCCAUGGCCCCAGAGGCUGUGGGAUGGGGCUGGGCUGGCAGUGCCUGGCCUCUGCCUGCUCACCCCGGGCUGAGAUUUGCUGGGGCUGCUCUAGAGCACGGCAGACGCAGCGGGGAUGAUCACAGAGCUGCUGUGAACGCCUUCGGCGUGUCGGCAGGGAGGAGAAGGGAGGUCUGGAUAACAGAGCCUGCUCCGCUUAACAAGCAGUGAACCUCCAUAUCAGCUCACCCUCCUCUUCCAGCCACCAAUUCGGUUUGCUAAUCAGCACCAUGCAGCUUAACCCUUUGCUCUGGAAGAAAGAGAUAUUCAUCAUGUAUUCUAUUGGUGGUUUAUAUGCUCAAUGAAUAAAUACGGGGCAUUUCCAUCUA